AUGGCAGGACAGGGGCUUGUCGCCCCUCACCUUCUCAUCCUCAGCCUUGCUUUGGUGGGUGUUUUUCCUGCAGCUGAAGGCUCUGGAUACCUGUCAGGAUAUCGCCUCCGGUCACGCUUACAGAGAGACCGCCAUUUCCGUAAUAUCCGACCCAACAUUAUCCUCAUACUUACAGAUGACCAGGACAUAGAACUGGGCUCAAUGCAGGCCAUGAACAAGACGAGGCAGGUUAUGGAGAAAGGCGGAACCCACUUUACAAACGCUUUCUCCACCACCCCAAUGUGCUGUCCAUCCCGCUCCUCCAUCCUCACGGGGAAGUAUGUGCACAACCACCACACAUACACCAACAACGAGAACUGCUCGUCCCCGUCCUGGCAAGCCCACCACGAGCCACAUACGUUUGCUGUACACCUCAACAACUCAGGCUACAGGACAGCAUUCUUUGGAAAAUAUCUGAAUGAAUACAAUGGCUCUUAUAUACCCCCGGGAUGGAAGGAAUGGGUAGCACUGGUGAAAAACUCUCGCUUCUACAACUACACCCUUUGCCGGAAUGGAGUGAGAGAGAAGCACAAUGGUGUCUAUGCAAGGGAUUACCUGACAGAUGUUAUUACCAACGACAGCAUCAACUACUUCCGCAUGUCCAAGAGGAUGUACCCUCACCGCCCCGUCAUGAUGGUCCUGAGUCAUGUGGCCCCACACGGCCCCGAGGACUCAGCCCCUCAGUACAGCACUGCCUUCCCCAAUGCGUCUCAGCACAUAACACCCAGCUACAACUAUGCACCAAACCCAGAUAAACACUGGAUACUGCGGUACACUGGCCCCAUGAAGCCGGUCCACAUGCAGUUCACCAACCUGCUGCAGCGCCGGAGGAUGCAGACACUGCUGUCGGUGGAUGACAGUGUGGAGAAGGUAUACAACAUGUUGGUAGAGACAGGAGAAGUGGAGAAUACCUACAUUAUUUAUACGUCAGACCACGGCUAUCAUAUUGGCCAGUUUGGACUGGUGAAAGGCAAAUCCAUGCCUUACGAGUUUGAUAUCCGAGUACCUUUCUAUGUACGAGGCCCAAAUGUGGAGCAAGGGGCUAUCAACCCUCACAUAGUGCUAAACGUCGACCUAGCCCCAACCCUGCUGGACAUGGCCGGCAUUGAUAUCCCCUCAGAAAUGGACGGAAAAUCGUUUCUUAAGCUGCUAGAUGCUGACAAGCCUGUCAAUAGAUUUCAGGUGAACAAGAAGCUGAAAACCUGGCGAGAUUCUUUCCUGGUGGAAAGAGGGAAGCCUCUACAUAAAAGAGGUGACGGGAAAGAGAUGGAGCAGGAGGAGAACUUCUUGCCCAAAUAUCAGCGUGUGAAGGACUUGUGUCAGAAGGCAGAGUACCAGACACCGUGCCAGCAGCCGGGACAGAAAUGGCAGUGUGUGGAGGACCCGACUGGUAAAUUGAGGCUGUAUAAAUGCAAGGGUAUGGCGAGCCUCUUUGCCCCACGCAUGCAGGCUCUGAUGGCCCGUGGAGUUUCCAAGCUGUCUCCCGUCUCCAACUUUGCCAACUGCAAUUGUGCCGACUUGUCAUUGAAAACAUCUAUCUUUAGGAGGAAGAAACUGCUCACUAAAAAGAAGAUGAAAUCUACUAAAACUGUGACGCGAAAGCGCUGGGCCCGCUCGGUCUCAUUUGAAUUGGAUGGAGAUCUGUAUGCAGUGGACUUAGAGGAAGGCUACUGGCCGCUGGGUGCAAAGAACAGCAGCUGGGUAAAAGAUAAGAAGAAUAGACUCCACUAUGAAGAAGACAAUGAUGAAUUCAGUGGAAUGGAAGUCACAGCCAAGCCUACUACCAGCUACAAUCUAACAGCCCCAAGUGCUCUAAAGGUUACCUACAGAUGCUCUAUUCUGAUGAAUGACACAGUCAAGUGUGAUGGAGGUCUCUACAAGUCCCUUCAAGCCUGGAAGGACCAUAAGCUUCACAUUGAACAUGAGAUUGAAACUUUACAAAGUAAAAUCAAGAAUCUGCGUGAAGUCAAAGGUCAUUUGAAGAAGGUGCGCCCAGACGAAUGCCAAUGUAACGACACUCCAAGUUAUCUUUAUAAAAGUAAAGAAAAUUUUCAACUAAAUACGGAGAACAUUGACAACCUGGGAAUGGCAUCAUCAAAGCUGGCAAAGGAGCAAAAGCACCGCAAGAAACUGCGUAAAUUCCUUAAACGUCUCCAGAACAAUGACACGUGCAGCAUGCCCGGCCUGACCUGCUUCACUCAUGACAAUCACCACUGGCAGACUGCCCCCUUUUGGACAAUGGGCCCGUUCUGUGCAUGCACCAGCGCCAACAACAACACCUACUGGUGCCUGCGGACCAUCAAUGACACGCACAACUUCAUUUUCUGUGAAUUUGCCACUGGUUUUCUGGAGUAUUUUGACAUCAACACAGACCCUUAUCAGUUGAUAAACGGCAUCAGCAGCCUCGACCGCAACACGUUAAAUUCAUUGCAUCAACAGCUCAUGGAGCUGAGGGGUUGCAAGGGGCAUAAGCAGUGCAAUCCAGAAAAAGGUGGAAAAGAGCGAAACUAUUUCAGUGAAUACAGGCCAGUUCAUCGCCGAAAGAGGCCAAAAGUGAAGAAGCCUUCCUCCAAAUCACUAGGGCAGAUUUGGGAAGGAUGGGUCGGUUAA